AUGAAGCGGCUUCUACGCUUAGCCCAGAUAUUUCCGGCACCCACGCUACGAAACCGCCGAUUGUAUAGCCAGCACGUUGUUUCACCGCAUAUCUCCCGAAAGUCACCAAGGGUUGGCAUAUACUUCAUUGCGCUUCUCGCGUUGGCAAGCACGGCUUUCUACGCCGGUUCUCAAUCACGGCCCAUAGCGGGGGCAGCAUCACAACAGGCGACGGUUACAAAGCAAAAACCUCUGUAUGCGAGUCGAGCUGAGUUGGAAAAGGCUAUCGCAGAGUUGGAAAACGAAUUGGGAAGUGAUGCUAUUACUACUGAUGAUGACGAACUGCGAAGGCAUGGCUAUUCUGAAUGGUCUACGAUCAACAUUGAGCGCAUGCCCGUUGCAAUUGCGUACCCAAAGUCGACUGACCAGGUGUCGAAGAUUGCAAAAGUUUGCGCACGCUUCAAGAUUCCGAUAGUUCCCUACUCUGGCGGGUCUUCUGUUGAAGGCAACUUCUCUGCCCCGUACGGGGGUAUUUGCAUCGAUUUCGCCAACAUGGACAAGAUAGUGGCCCUUCAUGAACGCGAUAUGGACGUUGUGGUACAGCCAGGGAUCGGGUGGAUGGAGUUAAAUCGGCAGCUUAAACCAAGUGGUCUUUUUUUCCCCGUAGAUCCUGGGCCCAACGCGAUGAUCGGAGGGAUGGUGGGCACAAGCUGCUCGGGUACAAACGCGGUCCGCUAUGGCACAAUGAAGGACAACGUCAUCAACCUGACUGUUGUGUUGGCGGAUGGCUCAAUAAUCAAGACGCGACACAGGCCGCGAAAGACUGCUGCGGGCUACAACCUGACCAGUUUCUUCGUUGGGAGCGAAGGUACGCUCGGCAUCGUCACAGAGGCCACGCUCAAGCUGGCCGCGAUUCCAGCAGAGACCAAGGUGGGCCUUGCCACGUUUCCCUCGGUGCGCGACGCCAGCAAUGCCGCCACAGCAAUCCUUCGUGCAGGUAUCCAGAUGGGAGCCAUGGAGAUCAUGGAUGAGGUACAAAUGGAUGUGGUCAACCGCGCCGGAGGGACGGACAGGAAGUGGGAGGUGAUGCCCACAAUGCUGGUCAAGUUUAUUGGCAGCUCGGGCCAGAUCGCGGAGACGACGCGCCAGUUUAGCAAGAUCGCAACUAGCAAUGGCGGAGGCACGCUGCAGUUCGCCUCGACAGCCGAGGAGCAGGCGAGCCUCUGGGCGGCGCGCAAGCAGGCACUGUGGUCGAUGCUGUCGCUGCGUGAGGGGGACGAGGAGGUGUGGACGACGGAUGUGGCGGUGCCCAUUUCACGGCUUCCUGAGCUCAUUGACAUGAGCAAAAAAGAGGUGGCGGCACUGGGGCUGUUUGCUGGCAUCGUUGGCCAUAUUGGCGAUGGCAACUUUCAUGCGGCCAUCUUGUUUGAUGGGCGCAAUGCGGAGCAGCGAGCGCGGGUGGCAGGAUGCGCCCAACGCAUGGUUGCGCGCGCGCUGGAGAUGGAAGGCACAUGCACGGGCGAACAUGGCAUCGGUAUCGGCAAGAAAGGUUUCUUGAAAGCGGAGCUGGGCGCGGGCGGAAUUGCCAUGAUGCAGAAGGUGAAGGAGUCGUUGGAUCCACUCUGGAUCAUGAACCCGGGCAAGGUCUUUGACCAUCCGCUGGAAGAUAGGCCAGUCGGGCACUGA